UGUGUUUUGACUCGUGGAGUCGGUCGUGACAAAAAUGUGGAUUGGAGCCUUGGUGUUGUGUCACCUCCUGAUGGUGGCCGAUCUCCAAUCGUCCAAUCCUCAGAACUGUUCGCUCACGUGCCUUCGCCAGGGAGGACCAGGAUGUCACUAUUGCAGAAUAAACAGCGAUGAAGUGGACAAAGUGCUUGGCUUGAAGUACAAAGGUACUUUAGGAAGUUGUAUUCCUUGGCCGUGCUUUCAACUGCUCGGAGAAGAGGACCCUCGUUUGUGUCAACACUUCGUUCAAGCACCGCACGACAUCAACAUUGAGUCGGUACCCAGUUCGGACCCUAAUUUGGAUUCUGUGGUUGUCUCCUGGAAGCCCAGCCAAUACGGUAUCGAGUUCCUGCGAGGCUUCCAGGUGUCCUUGCAGUCUUUGGGAGGGUCCGGUUUUGCCUGUCAGCUUUUUCUCUUCCAGCCAAACCUCACACUCUCUGCUUCACACGCUCAAACGGUGUACAAGUCGGACAUGUUCUCCGGACUCUCCCUUGGCUCCGAUUAUGCUGUGACCGUCAUGGCCCUGCCUGUGCCCGAGAAGUGGGAGAAGUUCUAUCACAGCAAGAUCUUCUCCACGCGCUCGUGUGAGGAGAAAAAUGGCUUUCUGCAGUGUAAAGCAGACUGGUACCCCAAGUAUGUUGCUGUGCAGCAAAAAGAGGCCGUGGUCGUCGUCACCUUCAACCUGGCUCCUCCUAUCAUGGGCAUCACGAGCUACUUCUGCAUUUGUAGAGCAAACGGCAAGACGACAUCCAGGGACAUAAUUCCUAAUCUUUCGAGAAACAAAACACACCACAGCUUCGCACUCGAAGACCUCGAAGAAGGAAGUAAUUACACAUGCGAGAUUGCAGCCAACCAAGUAGACGCGGUGAGAAAAGUAUUCAACGUCUACGUCAAGAAGCAGGAAUCUACACUGGGACAUCACAACUUUCCCUACUGGAGUCUGGCCUUUCUUUUUGUGUUUGCUGCAGCGAUCAUUUUUGUUGUCAUCCUGGUUCUGCGCAUGAGGAAACGCGACACGCAAACAAAGAAACGUAUCAUCCAACCAGAAAUAAUGAUCAAGCACCAUGAAGACGAGACUGCCAAGAAGGAAGAAAUAGUACCGCUGUGCGGAAAUAGGAAGACUCCUCCCACUCUUCUUAUUUGCUACAGCAGGUGUGAUGGCCCCGCCCACAUGGACGCUGUCAUGAAGUUGGCAUCCUUCAUACAGCAGCACAUGGCCACCAAGGUGUCCCUGGAUCGUUGGGAUUCUUUGGAAAUGUCCAAGGAGGGACAAAUGGCCUGGUACUGCCGCCACAUCCGUGACAGUGACUUCAUCUUAGUGGUCUGUUCUGGGGGUCUUUGCCAGAGACCCCUGCCUUCACCACAGGGGGUGCCUAAAAAUAUGUCAGAAAUGAGCUGUGAGGCAACCUUACACAGCGAGGUGAUGGUACGCCUCGUGGGAGAGGAAGUGGGCCGAGCUAUAUCCGGCGGCGAGGACCUGUCUAAAUACAUGACGGCCACUUUUGACUACUCUGAGGAGAAGGACGUCCCCAUGGAGCUCCGGCCGGUGGUGCGGUACAAGCUGACCGCUGACUUGCCGCUGCUUUUCUCGCGCCUUCACCAAGUGCCGCUUCACAGUCCCGGUCGCUACGUGUCCAUAAAGUACAUCUCGGACGAAGAGUUCACUGAGAUGCCCGCCGGACAAGCUUUGCAGCAGGCUAUCAGUAAAGCAAAGAAGGCCAUGACAGGACUUCCCCAAAAGCAAGACGUACGUCUAAAAAUACCCGAGUGAUGCAGAAAUAGCUGGCUAACACAGCCCCUCCAGGAAUUGUCCAAUCUCUCCAAUAUACUCGAAACAUUUUGGCCAAUCAAAUUCGACAAUACAUCAACUCUUUAUUGCUCAACUAACUGUACACAAUCAUCAUCCUCUCGCAUUCUACAGCGCUAAGCCUUCUGGUUAAUGUAGGAUAGGAUAGGACUUUAUUGUCAUUGCACAAGUACAACGAAACUAUGUUUUCAGCACAAACCCGUUCAAGAUUAGACAAACAAACAGUGUACAGGGUUACAGAACAGGAACGCUGUUCUGUAACAGCCCCGUAAAAGAUAAGAAAAAGGUAAAACGCUGGGGAAGAAGAUGAGUAAAAAAAUACAAUCUAGACUGGGCUCCUAAGGGGGCCUAGUCUGGAGUGGGAAAAAACCUCCAUGCCAUGCACACAUAAACAUGUUACAUUUAAUCACGACAACUCACAACAGAGGGGCAGGGAGUUGGGGCCCUGGAGGUCGACUGCUGCUAUGAAGCGCUGCCAGCCGACCAUCACCCCGAGGGGAAUCAAGCGGUGGUGAAGGCGUGGGGGAUAUAUGCCCAUUGUCUUGGGUGUGUUGUAAUGUAGUAUGUAACAUUUACACGUAUUUAUGUAUUUAUUCAACUUCUGUUCAUCCAGGGUGAGGCAAUUAAGAUCAGAUUCUCCUUAGACUUAGACUUAGACUUCCUUUUUAUUGUCAUUCAAAUUUGAACUUUACAGUACAGAUAAUAACAAAAUGUCAUUGCAUUAGCUCAUUGUAGUGCAAGAUAAAAAAGCAAUAAGGUGCAUAUAUAAAUAAAUAGAUUUCUGUACAGAUAAAUAUAUUGCACUUUUGCAUAUGCAUCCACGUUUAUGGAUGUAUGUUAUAUUGUCUUUAUAUUCCAGCCAGUUAAUCCAUUUUUUGUGGGGAAUUGAGGGGAUUAUUUUUAAUGCGUUCAAGAGUCUUACGGCCUGAGGAAAGAAACUGUUACAGAACCUGGAGGUUCUGCUACGGAGGCUGCAGACCUCUUUCUAGAGUCCAUCAGGGAAAACAGAGAGCAAAGAAGCAGUAUUUAA